AUGACGCACAUCUCAGAAAAGGAACCUUUGUUAGGGUAUCCUCGCAAAAUUGCCGACGAAAACGAAAUCUCCACCCACCAACUCUGCCCCUCCUUCAAAUCGAUCUUAUCAUUCCCAUUCCAAAGCUGUUUACCUUCAUUCACGAGAUCAGAAAAGUCCCACACAGAAGACUACGAAUGCAUUGACUACGAUGAAGACUAUGAGCCCGUUCCCGAUUUGCCAUACAAUUUAACUAUUGCCAAGUCUAAACUUUCCACCCAAGAAAAAUUGACCGAGAUAAGAAAGCUUAUGAGAGAUCAUCAUAUCGGUGUGUACAUUAUUCCUUCAGAAGAUGAACACCAAUCGGAAUACACCGCAUUGGCCGAUAAACGAAGAGAAUUCAUUUCGGGAUUCACCGGUAGUGCUGGUAUAGCCAUUGUUACCUUAACCAAUGGCGCCACUUUAGAAGGCAAAGCUGCCUUGUCUACCGAUGGAAGAUAUUUCCUCCAAGCUGAAAAGCAAUUGGAUUUAAACUAUUGGAGAUUGCUCAAGCAAGGUGCAGCAGGUUACCCCAGCUGGCCAAAGUAUUGUAUCCAACAAGCUGUCCAUAAUGAUUUCAGUAACGUUAUCUCGUGUGACCCUAGAUUGAUCAGUUUGUCCUUGGGAGACUACUUUAAUAAUGCUAGACUCACAUAUACGAAUAAAUUCAAAUUUCAACCACUAAUUGAUAUCAAUCUUGUUGAUCAAGUAUGGGGUGACGAGAAACCCUCAAGAUCUUUAGAACCAGUCUACCAGUUGGAUUUGAAGUUUAGUGGUGAGCACACAAAUGACAAGUUGCACAGAAUUAGAGUCAGAAUGAGAGAACAUGAUGCCACUCACUAUGUCGUUAAUGAAUUGGAUAGUAUUGCCUGGCUACUUAAUUUACGUGCUGAUUCUGAUAUUCCAUUCAACCCGGUGUUUUUUGCAUAUGCCAUUAUCACUUUGGAUUCGGUGGUGUUGUAUAUUAACAAGGUAAAGAUUGACAAUGGUAAUGAAGAACUCCAUAAGUACUUGCAAACUAUCAACAACUUAUCAAUUAGAGAUUACUCCCAAUUUUAUGAAGAUAUUGGAAAAUUGAAAUCUACAGUUGAUGAACCAGAUCUUGCCGUAAUCUUACCAGAAAAGUCGUCAACCACUUAUGCAUUGUUCCAAGCAUUCCCUGAAUCAUACAGCAAAAGAAUUAUAAUCCAUGAAUCCAUCAUUGCCAAUCUCAAGAUUUACAAGAACUCCACUGAAUCUUUCAAUGCCAAGAUUGCUCAAUACAAGGAUUCCUUGGCAUUCAUUAUCUUUUCUUCAUGGUUAGAACACCAACUUAUCAAUAAGAAAGCAAGUAUUUCUGAAUAUGAUGCUGCAUGCAAGAUUUACUCCAUCAGAACAAAAUUACCUAAUUUCAAAGGAUUAUCCUAUGAAACAAUCUCCUCGACUGGUGCCAAUGCUGCAAUUAUCCAUUAUGCGCCAACUAAAGAAGAAAAUGACAUAAUUGACCCUGCCAAGAUCUACUUAAUUGAUUCAGGUGCCCAAUUUCUCGAAGGAACCACCGAUAUUACUCGAUCAUACAAAUUUGGACAUGAAGGGUUGACCAAGGAGUAUCAAAAAUUCUACACCUUGGUAUUGAAGGGUCAUCUUGCCGUUGCUAUGGCCAAGUUCCCCCCUCAUUCGUCCAGCACUGGUACCGUUCUCGACGGAUACUCAAGACAACCAUUAUGGAACGAAGGACUUGAUUUCAAUCACGGGACUGGCCAUGGUGUGGGCAGUUUUGGCAAUGUACAUGAAGGGCCGUUGUAUAUUCUGACUACUAGCAGUGGACCAAGUUCCAAAGCGGAUUUGUACCGUCCGGGAGCCAUCCUCACUGACGAACCAGGAUAUUAUGUUGAUGGGAAAUUAGGAAUUAGAAUCGAGAGUGAGCUUGAGGUGAUUGAAUGUGAUGAUUCCGUGGGAAAGACACGCAAUGGGGAUAAUUUUUUGGGAUUUGAGUAUUUGACUAAAAUUCCCUUCUGUAGAAAGCUUAUUGAUUGUGAUUACUUGACUUUAAUUGAACUUACUUGGAUUAACGAGUAUCACAAGAGCAUUAGAGCAGAAUUUGCCAAUAAAUUGUUGCAAAUGGGCGAUAGAAGAGCCUACAAUUGGCUAAUCAAAGAAACUGAACCUUUAUAG